AUGGUACUUGUAGACACAAAAAUGAGAUUGGAAUUCAUGAUGUUGUCAGAUGAUGUAGCCGACCUUUAUGAAUAUUAUGCACACGGAAUGUUAGUCACUGUUGCAUUCCCAAAGUUCAAGACUACAAGCGUAUCUUGUAUAGGGGAAAUUUGGAAGAGUGAGAAUGGUGAAGAAUGUAUUUGCGCUCGUUUUUAUACUAGAAGAGGAGGCUUUUGUACCCUUUAUGUAAAGAAGGGUAACAGUACAGAGACAAAAGACUUUGAAUAUAGUAAUAAUAAGUGGAAUAGUGUCACUAACCGUAACACACUUAUAACCACCUGUAACUCAUCUGGAGCUCCUGAAGAUGCAAAAACAAAAGUUACUACAAAUAUUAUGGACGUUACCAAGGAGGAUAAUGAAGUCUAUAACACUAGUACUUCCACAGUCUCUGGAAUAAAUGUCAAGAGACACACUCCACUCCCAAAUAAAUGGAUUAACGAGGUUAAAGAGGGAGAAGCAUCAAUGUGGAAGACUCCUGAUGCUCAAAGAGAGAGAUGUGUAUCCUGUGAGCUUAAAUCAAGGGGAAACACCUCCGUAGCAAUCCUAACACUAGCUACCACUUUUGACCUAUGCUUUCUCUAUUUUGAAAAGAAUGCUAGUGGAAAGUGGACUCUCAUCAAGAAGAAAGAGUUUGACAAGAAGCUUGAUGAUAUGAAAAAGAUGGAGACUAAUCAGCCUUCUCAACCAGCUUCUAAACAGGUUAGUCAACAGCCAGAAAAACCAACAGUUGUUCAGAAGAACGAGAAACCCGCCAAAUAG